AUGGCGCGGACACAAGUCAACAAUAACCUUCUCCGCUCGGAUGUCCCCGUUGGCAGAGGUGGCAAGAAGGGCAUAGGUCUCGAUAUUGGCAAGUCUAAGACUGCUAAGAGGCAUCGGAAGGUCCUCCGCGACAACAUCCAAGGUGUAACAAAAGGCGAUAUCCGCCGACUCGCCCGUCGCGGUGGUGUGAAGCGCAUCUCCGGCGGAAUCUACGACACCGUUCGACAGGCUAUGAAGUCCUGGCUGGAAGUCGUGCUCAAAGACGUCUGCGCCGUCGUCGAAGGAAGCCAUCCCAAGCGCAAGACGGUCGCGACUACGGAUGUGGUUUUCAUUCUUCGCCGUCGUGGGACGCCUAUCUAUGGGUUCGGGAACUCGGAGCAGAGGGGUCAGAUGAACUAA